GCCCAUAAUGUUGUUGGAUCUGAACACACUCUCCAUUGUUUCCCCUUCCUUGCUUGUCGACUCUGCCCUACGAUUGCCUGGAAUCCUGGAGACGUUUCCAGAAAUUUCUUUUUGCUUCUGCUUGGCUCCUGGCUUGCUAUUUAUAUUACAACGUCUCCUCAUAGAGAAUCUGUUUUUUAUACCCUCAGCUUUUAUUAAAUUUUCGAUUAUCAGAGAAGAUAGUAUAACUACAUUACAUAGCCAUUAUUAGGGUUCUUCUUCUUGGCUCAAUUUGAAGUAGUAGAUUAUGGCCAAAGACGGACCCAACUGGGAAGGAUUGCUAAAGUGGAGUCUCGCUCACUCUGAUGGGACUGGAUCCAAUCGUAAUCUCAGUGAGGAGGAUAGAAAAUGGUUUAUGGAAGCUAUGCAAGCGCAGAGUGUUGAUGUCAUUAAACGUAUGAAGGAGAUAACCCUUGUCAUGCAAACCCCAGAGCAGGUCUUGGAGGCUCAAAGAGUUACUCCUGCUGAUAUUGAAGAUAUGCUGGAGGAACUUCAAGAGCAUGUCGAGUCUAUUGACAUGGCUAAUGAUCUUCAUUCUAUUGGUGGUCUGGUUCCUCUCCUUGGUUAUCUGAAGAACUCCCAUGCCAACAUUCGGGCAAAGGCUGCAGACGUUGUAACCACCAUUGUCCAGAAUAAUCCCCGUAGUCAGCAAUUGGUUAUGGAAGCAAAUGGCUUAGAACCUCUUCUUUCUAAUUUCACAUCAGACCCAGAUGUGACUGUUCGGACCAAAGCACUCGGGGCAAUUUCCUCUUUAAUUCGUCACAACAAGCUAGGUAUUACUGCAUUUCGUCUUGCAAACGGUUAUGCGGGCUUGAGAGAUGCUUUAGGUUCUGAAAGUGUGAGAUUCCAAAGGAAAGCUCUCAACUUGAUCCAUUACCUACUGCAUGAGAAUAGUUCGGAUUGCAGUGUAGUGAGUGAGCUAGGGUUCCCACGCAUGUUGUUGCACCUUGCAUCAAGUGAAGAUGCUGAGGUGCGAGAGGCUGCACUUCGGGGCCUUCUUGAGCUUGCUCGAGAUAAGAAAGGUGCAAAUGAUGGCGGAUUAGGGGAAGAAGAUGAGAAACUAAAGCAACUGCUUGAAGAACGGAUCAAGGGUAUCAGCUUGAUGUCAUCUGAAGAUCUCGAGGCAGCUAGAGAGGAGAGGCAACUGGUAGACUCACUCUGGAAUGCCCACUGCAAUGAACCAUCAUCUCUGCGUGAAAAGGGGCUUCUUGUUCUCCCUGGAGAAGAUUCCUUACCACCUGAUGUUGCCAGCAAGCAUUUUGAACCUCCUCUCAGAGCUUGGGCUGCAAAUCAGUCCACAGAUGGCAAUUCCAGUACUGAAAAGAAACAAAUUCCUCUAUUACUAGGAUCGGGUCCCCCACCAGAAGCUGCAAAUGCUCAGGGAACUUCAAGCGCUGAGGUCAAUAUUGAUGAGCAGAACAGUGCCUCAAGAUAAAUCACUAAUGUUGCUCGGGCGUUCUAUUCGCCUACGGUAGUCAUGUAUUUCCGUGUUAUCGUACUGUAGUAUCAUAGAUUUCCAAGUGGCUUCUUUUAGUUUUGGGCUCUUUUUUCCCACUUCUUUUGUACCCAUUUGAAAAUGAUGUCAUGAAUGGUUUUUGUUACCUUAAA